AUGAUAAAAAUAGGAAUACAAAAUGAUUUAGUACAAGGAGAUGAAGAAAUUGAUGGGCUAAUAACUGCUAAAGAACUUUUCGAAACACAUUUAAAAGUUGAAGAUAGAAUUAAAUUAAUUUUUAAAAAUUUUGAUUCUCAUGAAUAUGUUAAUAAUUUUAUGGAAAAUAAUAAUUGUAAAGAAGAUGAAAUAGAUAAUAAUGAUUUGAACAGUAGCUUAGUUAAAAAUCCAAAUGAUGAGAAUGAGGAAGAAGAAUGGAAAGAUGAACAAGAACGAAUAGAAUAUAAAAAAGAAUUAAAUUUUUUAAAAGAAAACCCAUUACAUAUAAAUAGAUGGAAUAGCUUUUUGGAAAUAUAUGAUAGAGAAGAAUCUUAUGAAUUAUUUUUACUUAUUUUUCCUAGAUGUGUUAAUUAUUGGACAAAAUAUGCAGAAUUAAAAAUAAAAAAAAAAAAAUAUAAAGAAGCAUAUAAUAUAUAUCGUAAAUGUAUAAAUUCAAAUAUAUUUGAUUUGAAAUUAUUUACAUCCUUUUUAUAUUUUACAUAUCAUACAUCAUCUAUUCAUGAAUAUAUCAGUUUUUUAUUUGAAGCUUUAAAAUAUGUAGGAACAGAUAUAAAAUCUGGUUAUAUUUGGGUUGAAUUAUUAUAUAUAUUAAUAAAAAUAUAUAAUACUAAUUUAUUAUUAAAUAAUGAUAUACAAAAUUUAUUAUAUGACCCAUUUAAAAAUAUAAAUAAUAAUAAAAAGAAAAAUGAAAAUAAAAUAUUAAUACCAUCUGAACAAGAGCAAAAAAUAUAUAAAUCUUAUAUACCGAAUAAAAGUGGAAAUAUAAAAUAUAUAGAUCAUUAUACAAGUGAAGAUAAAUUAAAAAAAUAUUAUUUAAGCUGGUUAAACAAUCCGACUAAAUAUUUAGAUAAAGUAUGGAAAGGUUUUUGUUCUUAUGAAAAAACAACAAGUUUGAAUUUUACUAAUAGUUCCUUAUUUAUAUAUAAUAGUCAAUAUACAAAUUCUAAAAAUGCAUAUAAAGAAUUGUGUAUGUUAUAUAAAGAAUUAUAUAAUUUCAAAAAAUCUAAACUUGUUAUAAUACCAAUUAAUAAUAUAAAAUGUAAAAUGGAAAAUAAUUUAUUAUAUAAAAAAUGGAUGAAAAUUAUAAAUUUUGAAAAAAAAAACCCUCUUAAAUUAAAGCUAUCAUUAGUACGUAAAAGAAUUAUGUAUGUUUAUGAACAAGCUUUAAUACAUUUACAAUUUAAUAGUGAUCUUUGGUUUUCUUAUUUUCAAUUUUUAUUAUUAAAUAAAAAAUAUGAUUAUGCUAUUAGAAUUAUGAGAGAAGCAAUUGAAAUUUAUCUUCCUUUUGAUGAAUUAUUAAAACUAAAUUUUGCAUAUUUUUUUGAAAAAAAUUCAUUAAUUAAUCAAGCACAUUUUAUAUAUCAACUAAUGAUUAAUGAUAUUACGAAAAAAAAAAAAAAAUUUUCUUUAAAUCAUUUAUAUUCAAAAAAGGUAUUUAAAAAUUUACCAUAUUCUUAUAUAAAGUGUAAAAGACAGAAAAAAAGAAAAAGAAAAUUAAACAGCCAAAAAGACACAAAUUCUAUUUUGUGUAAUAAUGGUGAAAAGGUUGCUAAAAAGGAAUUAUCCGAAGAAGAACAACAAUUAAAAAAAACAAAACAGAUCGAUUCGGAAAUUGAAAAUAUAGAAGAAAAUAAUGAUAAUAUAAAAAUAAAUGAAAUAUCAUUUAUGGUUGAUGAAUAUAUAAAAAAAAGAUUUAAUCAAUCAGAUUAUGAAAAAAUAGAUGAAAGAAAAAAUUAUUUCGUAAAUUAUAUAAAUAUAGAUAAGAAUAAAAAACGAGAUUUUGUUUAUACACAUUUUUUAAAUUUUAUUAAAAGAAAUUAUGAUGAUACAAUUUGGAGAUAUUAUGUUGGAAUUAUUUUAAGUGAAAAAAAAUGUUCACAAUAUAUGUAUUAUUAUUGUGCAAAUAUGGAAAGAAGAUUAUUAAAUAAUGAAAAAAGAGCUACAUAUAUUAUGAAUGAAGGAUAUGAAAAAUAUUAUAAAAAAAAAAAAUUUAUUUUAUAUUAUAUAAAUUUUCUUUUAGAAAAAGGUAGUAUUGAUAAAAUUCGAUGUUUAGUGUAUAAAUAUGUUCAUAAUAUAUAUUCUGAUUUUUAUAAAGAAUAUGAUAAAAAAUAUGGUGAGAAUAGUAACAUAGAUUCUGUUACUCCAUUUGGUGUUGAUAGCAGUGGUAAUAAAAAAGAUGUAAAAACAAAAAUGACUCAAAAUGAGUUUAAUCAAUUUGAAUCACGGUAUUUAAAAUUAUUAAAAAAAAAAAAUAAAUCAUGUGAAAAAAUUUGGAAUUUAUUAACACAGUUGGAAAUAUUAUACGGGGAUAUUCAACACAUAAAUAAAGUGUAUGAGACUAAAUUAAUGUAUGAGUCAGGUUAUAAUUUUGAUGAAAAUAAAAAUAUUCUUUUAAAUUUUGGAAAUAUUUCGAAACAAAACGAAAUUAUGAUGUUAGAAGAUAAUUCUAUUACUGAUAUACUUUGUAAAGGAUAUUUGGAAAAUUUAAAAAAAAAUGAUAUUGAUAAUAUAUCAUAUAAAAUAAACUUAAUUAAUUCUCAGUUAUUUGCUGGUACCUCCUUUAAGGAUACCUUCUUUUUUUUCCAUCCAGGAAAUAGUAUUAACGUUUUAUCGAUGUCACCUUUUAAUAAUCUUAGAAAUGAGAAAAAAAAAAAAAAAAAAAAAAAUAAUAAAGAUAAAUACGAUGAUAAGGAAGGUAAUACACCAUUCAGUGUUGAUCAACAAGCAUAUAAAGAUUAUUCAAAUUAUGGUGAUGAAAAUGCAACAAGAACAGGUUUAUAUAAAAAUAUUGGAAAAUACCGAAGAGUGAUUAAAAAUGAAGCUAAUAUGGCUAGCUCAAAUGGGAAAGAACAUUGUCUAAACUCUAAAAAAAAAAAAAAUUUAUAUAAUAAAAAUAACCAAGUGAACGCUACAUAUGACUCGUUUAACUUUUUGGACGCGGAGUAUUAUACAAAAAAAAAGAAGAAAAAAAGUAACAAUAAUAAUAAUAGCAAUAAUAAUAAUAAUAAUAACGAUAAUGUUGCCGAUGGGACCGGAGAAUUAUCGAAAAAUAUGGAAGGGAAUAAUCCAGUUAAUUAUAUAAGUAGGCCAGAUUUAAAAAUGAUGUCUAUAUAUAAGCCUUUUGAAAAUAUCAAGCAUUUAGAAGAAGGGGAAAAAGGUGGGGGAACAAAUGUGAAUAAUAGAAACACAAGAGUUAAUGAAAAUAAAUAUUUUAUGAGUAAAUUAAAUAAGGGACAAAAAUAUGAAGAUACAAAAUUACUUUUAAAAAGAGAGUAUUUUGCAAUGCCAAAUAUUAUAAAUGAUUUUUUAAGUUUAUUACCCAAGGAAAAUUCAAAUUUAAAAUUGUCAGACAACUCAAUCGAUUAUUUGAUGACAUCAUUGCAGAAUUUGUUUAUACCAAAAUUAAAGGACUUUCCCUAUGAGCCCAUACCAGUAAAGGAUAUUAUUAAGCUUAAGGAGGAAUUAGAUAGCUAG